AUGUCGAGAGAUCAUCACACUGACCCCGUCGAGUCCAUUGCCCCCGGAGAUAGAGAAAUGUCGACGUCGACACCAGAUCGCUAUUUGCGCAUGUUCAACGACUUGGGGAUGCCGCCCCCGUUACCCGCAGUCGACCCCCCGACCGUACCGCCCGAGGCAUUCCUCGCCCUCACUAAGCAAGUACAGGGAAUGGCGAAAAUAAUGCAGACCGUUGUCCCACUCAUUCCAGAAAUCAUGCGACUGACGGACACCUCGGUCGGCCCGACGCAACAAAGGCCGAGCACGGGACAGGAUGCGACCGGUGAAACCCGAGAUGGGGCUGUGCACCAUGAGGGUUCACCCGCACGCGACUCUCCCGCGCCCUCCCAAGCCGCACGACGUCGCUCCGAGCCUGACACCGUAUCAUCCGACUCGACGGACAGCUUCGUUAAGGUACAAUUCUCCCGAGUUAAUCACCGCCUGGACGAAUUCCGACGUGAACUCCAGAAGUCACGGGGCGAAUCAAGCGAGGGCGCCUCGGGCGGAUCCCCUUUUGUUCAGGAAAUACAAGAGAAACCUGUUCCCCUCAACUUUCGGGUGCCAGCUCUAGAAACAUACGACGGCGGCUCCCACCCAGCGGAGCAUGUCGCCGCGUUCAGGGCUCAGAUGGCCUUUUAUGGCACAUCCGACGCGUUGAUGUGUCGCGCAUUCUCGACCACUUUCAUAGGACCAGCACACACAUGGUUUAGCCGGCUGCGCCAAUCCUCAAUCGCAUCCUUCGACCAGUUCGCCAAGGAGUUCGAACAAAACUUCCUUAUCAGUGCGCGACCUCGACCUUCCAUAGCCGCCCUGCUCGCAUUAUCGCAGCAUGAGGAGGAGACGCUCGCGCAGUUUGUAACAUGCUUCGCCACGGAGAUCCGCGGGUACUCGGAUACUCACCCUUCUUUGAUCAUGCAGGCAUUCCUGACGGGGGUGAAGCCCUCAAGAUUCUUCUGGUCACUGAUCGAGAAGUCGUCGGCCACUAUCCCUGAGAUGCUCCAGCGUGCCAGCCAAUACAUCGCCGGCGAAGCGUUGGCAGCAGGAAGACGCACGAUCGGGAAGAAACCGCAGAUCGAGCAAUCCCGACCCGCCACCUCGUCGGCCACCCCACAAUCCUGUCGGAGGCUCGAUCAUCCUGAGCAGCGGCCCCCGAGGCCUUCACCCCUCCCACUCAACACACCUCGUACCGAGAUCUUCCUCCAGAUUAGGGAGAAAGGUCUUUUGCGACCUCCCAAUCCCAUGAAAGCUACUUACAAAAAUCGGUCGAAAUACUGCAGGUUCCACCGAGACCAUGGCCAUGACACAGAAGACUGCCACGACCUCCAGAACCAGAUCGAGGAGCUGAUAAGAAGGGGGUACCUCGGUCAUUAUCUCAAGGAACCCCGAGAAGCAACCCCGCGUCCCCGGAUGCCCGUCGAAAGGCAGAUCGAUGUCAUCAUCGGAGGACCAGCGACGGGCGGCAGCAGCUUGAGCGCAAGGAAAUCCUAUGCCCGGAGCUCGGUCGAGAAACGCCCCCGACCCGAGCUAGAACCCGAAAUCUUUUUCGGGGCCGAGGAGGGGGAGCGUUCCCAUCAUGACGACGCUCUGGUGAUCUCCAUCCAGAUCGCCAACGCUCAGGUAAAGAGGAUAAUGGUCGACACUGGGAGCUCCGCUGACGUCCUGUACCUCGACGCCUUAAAAAAGCUCGGCCUGCCCACCGAGGACCUCAUUCCCAUGAGCUCGGCACUCAAGGGAUUCACCGGGGACUCAAUCUCCCCGCUCGGCACUACCACACUCCCUGUCACCAUUGGGGAGGAACCAAGGACCAAGACAAUAAUGACUACGUUCAUGGUGGUCAACCUGCCCUCGGCCUACAACGUCAUCCUCGGUCGCCCAACGCUCAACAAGCUGAAAGCGGUGGUCUCAACCUACCACCGAGCCAUCAAGUUUCCCACCUCGGCAGGGGUCGGAGAAUCACGAAGCGACCCAGGGGAGUCAAGAAGGUGCUACCUCACCGCGGUCUCUCUCCCGAAGAGAGUACGCCCCCAUGUCCAAGAUCCCUGA